CUUGUGGGCCACUGUAACUUAUCACUUCAACGCAUCUUCAACGGGAGAUGAAAAAUGUUAUCAAAACGCCAAAAGUUUCGAGCCAUUGUUAUUUUUUCGCUAUGUAGCUUACUCGUCAUUCUUUUCAAAUAUGAGCCCGAUAGAAAAAUGAUGAAGUGGCACACAGUUAAUGAUAUAGAGGACCGAAUCGUUAGUCAAGAUAUCAAUAAUAUUGGUCUACAAUUGACUCCGUCGAGACCAAAUUUGGUUUUAUUCAUUAGUAUCAUAAGUGCUCCGUCUAACAAUGAACGAAGAAUAGCAGGAAGAGAAACAUGGAUUAAAGAAUGCACCAAACGAUCUGAUGUUGUUUGUAAGUAUUUCACUGACAGUAAAGAUUCAAGCGGUAAUUUCAUUCAGGGUGAAGAAAAAGAGAAACUUGAUGAUGAAAGUCAGUUAUAUGGAGAUCUUGUUCGUACGGAAACUCCUGGUGGGCUUACAUUUUCGGUAAACCUACUCUGGAUACUUCAGUGGGCAAAUGAUAACUACGAUUUCAAAUAUUAUUUGCGACUUGAUGAUGACUAUUUUAUUUGUUUGAACAAGUUGAUGUUAGAAUUGGCGAGUAAUGAAAGACCAAAACACAGCUUACAAUGGGGAUGGCUACACUGCGAACUAUACGAUGCAACAUGGCUGGAUGAGUCUUUUCUUCUUUUGACUUCUGACAUUGUCGAAUCAUUUUUAAAAAGGAAAGACAGUUUGAUGUGCCACGUUUUCGAAAGUCAGGCUAUUGGCUAUUGGUUAAAAGCUAUCACAAAUCUGACAACGUUUUCUGAUAAUGGGAGGCUAGUUCAUCUUCGGUCUUCUUCGCCUGAUUUCCGGUCAGAUAAUGAUGUAAAGAAAAGAAACGAAAUUUGUCGUUCAAUUAUUGGUAUUCACCAAAGUUACCCCGAUCAAAUGAGGCUCUACUGGAGUGUUUAUGAGAGGGAAGAUAAUAGUACACACUAUGAAAUUCCUAAAGUCGUAUACAAUUGUCAUUUUCAAAUCAACAUGAAUUACAUGGUUUGGAAAAACAAUAAACAGUGGUUUUCUGAACCUAAGCCAUGCAAAGACAAUCCUACUUGGAGAAAUGGAAGUAAAUAUGUCGGUAGAGGUGGAGCGUAAAGACACGUAUUUUAAUUGACUGUCGUCCUGUGAAUGAACAUAAAAGUGCUUGCAGGAAUCAAGUGGGUUUCUGCUGUUUACAGCACGCUCAUUAGCGUAGCCUUUCACUUGAAGUAUAUAUGUAAUUGUUAGCUCACUAGUGAGAUAAUAUGUGAAUAAAUUUUAAAGGGUUGAAA